CGUCGUCAAGCCAAACAGAAGCGGCAGUGAGGCGGCAACUGGCGAAGCAACCAGUCAUCCACCGGCGACGAGGAAGAGGACAACUCAACGCCCAAACUGGGGACGCUGGAGUACGCUUUUGUUUAUCCGUUUAAUAUGCACAGGAUUUAAUUAGCCAUAGAAAACGCGGCAGGAGCGGGAGAAAAUGCGACCCAUUUGGGAGUCGGCCAGCAGGCCGCUGUUUGUGCGCUCCGUGUGGCAGGAGGCGAUCGGGAGGCGCCACUUCAUCCUCGACUACGAGCCGCGACAGAGGCAGCGCUGGAAGCGACAGAAGACCAGACUGAGAGGCAACUACCAGCAGUCGGAAUCCUACGAGAUACUCGAGCAGUCCGUGGAGGACAGUGUGGAGUACCUGGACGAGUACCUUUUGGACGCCACCAAACUGACGCUGCAGCAGCAACAGUCACUGCCCACCCUGGGUGGGCGUCCGGGCCCCGCCCCCUCGACGGGUGGAGGUCAACGAGGAGAGCAGCGCCAGCAGAGUCGCCAGUCGAAGCGACGAGCUUGGCUGCUGAGUCGCGGACGCACCUAUAACAUGGAGCACCACCACAUCGACCACCAGUCGCGCAGGAGUUCGCUACAGGAUGCAACAAGCACGCUCUCCACGACGGCAAAUAAUCCCGAGGAGCGUCUGGCCGAAAGGGUACUCCACUGGUUGGACUUGGCAGGACGCACUGACAUAGUGAAGGAGAAGGUGGUCACUCCGCCGGCCAGUGGUAGUGCCCAGUUGGCCAGAUCAGCCCAGCGGAUGCAGCGCAGUCACCAUCGCAGCAUGAGUCUUAAGCGCGUGGCGGCUGCGGCAGUGAAUCACCAGCGAUCGGUGGCCAGGAAGCCCAGCGCCAAGCCACCACCCGUUGCCCCACAGGUCACUAGCUCCUCCGUGUCCGCCUCCAAUGCCAAGCCCAUAACCAUUAUCUUCAACAAGGAGGGCGUGCCUGUGCGCCUCAAUAGACCCGCUCGCAACAUCGACCUCUGCACGCUGAGCAGCAGUGCCAGCACCACGAGAAGAUUGGCUGGUCAGUUGGCCUCGGCGCGCCUGUACAGCGGAGCCACUGCAUCCCCACUGCCGGAGGACAGCCGUACGCCACCGCUCAGUGGCCGAGGAAUGGGCUCAUCCGCCACCUCGGACAGCCGGAAACAGCUGCACAUCUUCAUGCCCAGUCUGCCCAAGAAGGGUCUGCUGGCAGCGGGUUCCACAACAGGCAGUGGCAUGGGUGGUUCUGGCGAGGAUACCCUGAGCACCAGCUUCAGUGAGUUGUGCCAGUUGUAGUCACUCUUACUUUUUGAAGUACCUGUCUGAAGGUAAUCGAUACAACAAACGUCUUAACUAAAAAUGUAAUUUAAUUUCUAGAACUUUUUAGAACGAUUUCUUGUUUUUACUAAUUUACUAUGAAUAAAAAGAAACUCUUAUGUGUUUCCCUUUUUAAUGCAA